AAGAAGAAGUUGUCUAAACGAAUAACAUGAGGCCAAAUAGAAUCUCACUUUUGGUUAUUGCAAGUCAAGAAAGUAGAAGUAAACCAUUGCUAUCUUUGACUUGAGGUAUCCUGUGUUUUAUUGUUUGGAACACCCAGUUUUUCUUAUGAUGUCCGAAGGGAAAUCUCCUGACAAAAAAAGGCCUCGUAGAAGCUUAUCAAUCAGCAAGACUAAAAAAAAAUCAUCUAAUUCUAUAAUUUCAUUUUUUAACAAUGCACCACCUGCUAAGCUUGCAUGCCCCAUUUGUAGUAAAAUGGUGCCAAGAUAUGACUUAAACCGGCACCUUGAUGAAAUGUGUGCUAACAACAGUGACGUUCAAGUUGGUCCAUUGCAGGCUGGCUUAAAGAAUUCAAAUAUGUCCACAGUAGAUUUAACCAAUGUUGUCUUGGAAGAUGUAACACCAAAGAAGUCAUCACCACGAAAGACAGAUUUAAUCCCUGGCCAAAGUGAUUCAGCAAAAAUGGGCAUAAAACAGCAGACCAGUCCCUACUUUAAAAGUACUGGUGACCUGGUGUGCAAGAGUCAAGAUGAGCUGAGAAAUCAUAGUGUGAAAAUCAUUUCUUUGGGAAGCCUGUCAUCUAAAUUGUCCAGAAAAUAUACAAAGGCUAAAAAAUCAAUAGCUAAGAAUGAAGAAUUUGCCAGUCCUAGUCCACAGAGUUAUGACUCCACAGUUGUUAGGAGCCUGGUUGAUAACUGUUCAGAAAUUGAGGAGAAGGAUCAAAUUUUGGAAAACAGUUCUCAAAAGGAAAACAUGUUUACAUGUGAUUCUCCAAAGGAAGAGAGUAUUCCCGAACACACAGUAAGAGGCAGUAAAAUAAAGGAAGCUGAAAGCCAAAAGGAAUGUGGGAAAUCAGCCCUCACCCCUGGCUUCUCAGAUAAUGCUCUCAUGUCAUUUUCACCAGAUUUAACUCUUAGGAAUAAAUUAAAGUGUACUCCAGAAGACAGUCUUGUAAGGCAAGAGAGUAACAAAGGUGUGGAUGGUAAAGGUGUUGAAAAAUGUGAGGCAUGUAGUUGUGAAGAAGUAGAAAUGACUGUUGCUUCGGAAGCUAAAACACAAUUGUCACAUUCAGAGACAAACUCUCAUAGUUCUACAAAUGAUGCUUCUAAACGGAGUAACAUCCAAGAGCUUCUUCUGAAAGGUGACAGUGACUUAAAGAAUGAAAUCACUUGCAGUAUUCCUCUGUUGCAAGAGUCAAGCUGUGAUGGUCCUGGUCAAACAACUCAAAUGCCACCGAGUCAUCCAUACUACCUUCGGAGCUUCCUUGUGGUGCUGCGAGCUGUACUUGAGAAUGAAGAUGAUCUGAUGCUCUUUGAUGAACAGGAGAAGGAAAUUGUAACUAAAUUUUAUCAAUUGUCAGCUAAUGGUCAGAAGUUAUAUGUAAGGCUCUUCCAACGUAAAUUAAGCUGGAUUAAGAUGAACAAAAUAGAAUAUGAAGAGAUUGCCCCAGACUUAACACCUGUGAUUGAAGAAUUGAAGCAUGCCGGCUUUCUACAGACAGCUUGGAGGCUGCAUCCACUGGGGGCAUCCCUGGAGCUCUGCAUGGAGGUGGAGGAAGUAGGCACUUUAUGGCACUCUCUACGAUAUUUUACAUUUUUCAGAGCUAAAGACUUGGCUGGACAGUCACUAAGACUCUGUAAAGGCCCGAGGGCUGUGUUUUCCCGGAUCCUGCUGCUGUUCUCAUUGACCGACUCAAUGGAAGAUGAAGAUGCUGCAUGUGGGGGUCAGGGACAGCUUUCCACGGUACUGUUGGUCAACCUCGGCCGAGUGGCAUUUCCUAGUUACACCAUCAGUCGGAAAACACAGAUCUUCCAAGACAGAGAAGAUCUUAUCAGAUAUGCAGCAGCUGUGCACAUGCUGAAUGACAUUUCUACUGCAAUGGCCAAUGGGAACUGGGAAGAGGCUAAGGAGCUCUCUCAAUGUGCAAAAAAAGAUUGGAACAAACUGAAAAACCACCCUUCUCUGAGAUACCACGAGGACUUACCACUCUUUCUGCGGUGUUUCACUGUUGGGUGGAUUUACACGAGGAUUUUGUCUCGGACUGUUGAAAUACUGCAGAGAGUUCACAUGUACGAGGAAGCUGUCAAGGAACUUGAAAGCCUUUUGUCUCAGAGAAUUUAUUGUCCUGACAGCAGAGGCCGAUGGUGGGAUCGACUGGCUCUUAACUUACACCAGCACCUGAAGCGCCUGGAACCGGCGAUUAAGUGCAUCCUGGAAGGGCUGGCAGAUCCAGAAGUCAGGACGGGACACCGUCUUUCGCUUUACCAGAGAGCCGUGCGCCUGCGGGAGUCUCCGAGCUGUAAAAAGUACAAGCACCUUUUCCAUCAGUUACCAGAAAUAACUGUGGAAGAUGUUAGGCAUGUGACCAUCACGGGCAGGCUGUGCCCGCAGCGUGGGAUGGGAAAGUCUGUGUUUGUGAUGGAGGCUGGGGCUGCUGCCGCCCCCGCCACAGUCCUGUGCUCUGUGGAGGAGCUGGCACUGGCCUAUUACAGACGCAGCGGCUUUGACCAGGGGAUUCAUGGGGAAGGGUCCACUUUCUGCACCCUGUAUGGCCUCCUGCUGUGGGACGUAAUCUUCAUGGAUGGGAUACCAGACGUCUUCAGAAAUGCCUACCAGGCAUUCCCACUGGACUUGUGCACAGACAGCUUCUUCACAAGCAGAGGGCCCGCCCUUGAGGCCAGGUUGCAGCUGAUUCAUGAUGCUUCUGCGGAGAGCCUGCGAGCCUGGGUGGCAGCCACAUGGCAGGCCCAGGAGGGCAGAGUGGCUUCCCUCGUUAGCUGGGAUCGCUUCGCUUCUCUUCAGCAAGCUCAGGAUCUCGUCUCCUGCUUGGGGGGCUCUGUCCUCAGUGGCGUGUGUAGGCGCCUGGCUGCUGACUUUCGACACUGCCGAGGGGGCCUCCCCGACCUGGUGGUGUGGAACUCCCAAAGCCAUCGCUUUAAGCUGGUGGAAGUUAAAGGCCCCAAUGAUCGUCUUUCGCAUAAGCAAAUGAUCUGGUUGGAUGAACUGCAGAAGUUGGGGGCUGAAGUAGAAGUCUGUCACGUGGUUGCAGUUGGCGCUAAGAGCAAAGGCCUUAGCUAA